AUGUUGUUGAGGCUUAUUUGGCCAGUACUACAGAAUAGAGUCCUGCAGAGAAGAAAAGAAGAGGCUCCAACGAUGGUAUUGAAGAAGCGUGAGUUGAUAACUCAAGAUGUUCUGCAAGAACUCACUGAUAAAGGAGGAUCAAAUUCUGAUGAAGCGUCGUCAUUUAUUAGAAAUGCUGUUCAAACAUAUUUGAAUCGUCAUGUUCGUGCAUUUACUCUAUGUGGUCAAGUAUUGGCCAAAGAUCCAUUAUCAUUGGAGAAAGCAAAAUCGUUUCUUGAACGAGCAUUAAAUCUAAAUCAGACAUAUGUUGAAGCUGUUGUAUCAUUAGUUGAAGUUUAUAAUCAAUUAAAACAAUAA